UUUAAUUGUUUUUCAAUAAAGUUUCAUACAUCCUUCUUGUGACAUUAAUAUCCAAUAAAGCCGACAAGAUUGUGGCAGUAAAUGUAUUUUGCAAAGGAAUAUCAGAAUCCUUUGUGAAGUAUGGAGCUGCUGAGAAAAUAUAUUUUGCUGCUUCUGGUGGGGAUCCAGGUAGCUUCUGCAUGCAAACGUAACAACACAUGUCCAUUUGCCAUUUUCACAUGUGAUGGAACAAAAAUAGUAUUUGAUUGUGAACUGUCUUCGGAAACCAUCAACUAUAGUGCCGUACAAUUCGCAUUUGAAUCUGGUUCAGAUGACAAGCGGUGUAUUAUACCCAGAGGAUCUAUACUUCCUCCUGCAAAUGAUGAAUAUUACGUCAAAAUGGUAGCAACAUAUGAGGAAUCUGAUAACAUCUGCCAAAUAGUGGUUGAUGCAGGCGUAAAUGUUGUAACACUGACAUCACCAAAUGCAACUAUUCGAUUCCGAUCACCAGCUUGUGAUCCAAAUCAACAACCCAUGUCAUUCCUGGCAUUAGCCGAUGACCCCUUACCUUGUUUGUGUGACGAGAAUAAUGGGCUCUGUGUACGAGAUGAAGUGGGAUUGAGGGUGGAUUGUAGAUGUUCCAAAGGCUUUAUUGGAGCAAGAUGUGAGCUGCCUUAUUCUGACUAUAGAUUGCCAUGUAGAUCUCCUGCAGUGAACCCUUCAGGAUUCAUUAUAUGGUGUGGUGGGGACCGGUAUCAACGAUGCCCAGAUGACACAAUAUGUACUUUGAUAGAUGGUCAAGACUAUGGUGUAUGUUGUCCAAAACCUCAAGUCAAACAAGCGUGCUGCACUGGCGGUGGUGAUACCCAUUACACCACAUUUGAUGGUCACAACUCCAUUGACUACCAAGGCAACUGCACAUACACCAUCGCUAAACCUUGUUGUCUUUGUGCUGAAGAUGUCGACCUUCAAGAUUUUGAGGUCAAGGUCAAACAAAUUACCCUCUAUGGAAUGAUUUCUAUUGCUUAUGUUGGGAAAGUUAUUGUCUUGCUGUGGGAUUACAAAGUUGUACUUGAACCAAACCAAUUCACGGUGAAUGGAGCUGUUUACUCAUCCCCCCUUGCCCCAGGAGGACUGACAUUCUUUGGUCCAUCUGGUCAAUCCAUGACCAUCACUGAAUAUUGGGGCAGUGGUUUCUUGCUGACUGCAUCAUUUGGACUAAAAGUGUACUAUGACCAGUAUUAUGUCAAAGUGCAAGUCCCAGGUGACUAUUUUGGUUUGAUGUGCGGUAUAUGUGGUAACUUUGAUGGUGACUCAAGUAAUGACCUUGUCACAUCAGAUGGGAUGGAUGUGUCUUCUUACCAAGAUGGGUUUAUCUACAGUGUUGCUGAUACACUAGUGGGGAACAGCUGGCAUUGUUUUGAUGCAGAUGACUCCCUGUGUGUAGACCCAGAUCCAGAUGCUGUGUUACCAGAUUUUAAGGAUGGACGACGUGCAAGAUUGCGAGGGAAAAAGAAGAAGCGACAGGCUGAUAAUUGUAUUCAUUUCUGUGAGGGUGCGUUUGCUGAUUUUGAAACAACAUAUCCGGAGUAUGUUCUGCAAUACCGUGAUAUGUGUAACAAUGAUGCAUGUGUUUAUGAACACAACCAACAGGGUGAAAGGAAUGCUGUGUGUGCCACACUGAAUCUUCUGUACUGGGAUUCUGAGGAUGAGACCAGGAAGUUCAAGGGACAGGUUUUUAGAAGAAUGAAAAAUCUUGGCUGUGAUAGAUUCAUUCUGAGGAGAUGGACUGAAGCUGUCAAGGAGGCAACAGCUGCUCCUGUUGAUGAGUUGCCAAUUGAUGAGUUGCCAUUUAUUGAACCAUAGACAUCCUUGACAAAGGACAUUCAGCACUUUUUAUUUUCCAGUAUUGAACUUUAUUUAAAGGUAAAAUCUUCUCUUGCAUAAACAGUACAUUUUCAUGGACACGAAGUCACCAUUUUGCAAAAAUAGACUCAUUUUCAAAAUUAUGAAUUUGACUUUGGAUUUUAAUUUUACUGAAGACACAAUGUGUGAAUUAUUAUAAUUUGCAUGUUUGUAUAAAAAAACUAAAU